AUGGCUGACCGAGGAGCUUCUCGCGGCGGUGGUUUCGGAUCCCGAGGCGGUGACCGCGGCCGUGGACGUGGUCGUGGUCGUGGCCGUGGCCGUGGCAAGAACGAGGAGAAGGAGUGGCAGCCCGUCACCAAGCUCGGUCGAUUGGUCAAGGCCGGCAAGAUCAACAGCAUGGAGGAGAUUUACCUGCACUCCCUGCCCAUCAAGGAGUACCAGAUUGUCGACAACUUCCUGCCCAAGCUCAAGGAUGAGGUUAUGAAGAUCAAGCCCGUCCAGAAGCAGACCCGUGCCGGUCAGCGAACCCGAUUCAAGGCCAUUGUCAUCAUUGGUGACUCCGAGGGCCACGUCGGUCUCGGUAUCAAGACCUCCAAGGAAGUCGCUACCGCCAUCCGCGCCGCCAUCAUCAUCGCCAAGCUCAGCGUCAUCCCCGUCCGAAGAGGUUACUGGGGUACCAACCUUGGUCAGCCUCACUCCCUGCCCUGCAAGGAGUCUGGCAAGUGCGGUUCCGUCACCGUCCGUCUCAUCCCCGCUCCCCGCGGUACUGGCCUCGUCGCCUCCCCCGCCGUCAAGCGAUUCCUCCAGCUCGCCGGUGUCGAGGACGCCUACACCUCGUCCGCUGGCUCCACCAAGACCCUCGAGAACACCCUCAAGGCUACCUUCGUGGCCGUCUCCAACACCUACGGCUUCCUCACCCCCAACCUGUGGAAGGAGACCAAGCUCAUCCGGAGUCCCCUGGAUGAGUACGCCGACACCCUGCGGGACGGCAAGCGAUACUAA